UGUAGUUGAAGAAGAGAAGAGAGAGAAAAGAAGAAGAUUGAAAAACCCUAAAUAAGAGGGAGAGGGAGAGGGAGAGGGAGAGGCAGUGGCAGUGGAUGCUAGAAACGCCAUUGAUUUCAGCUGCCAGAAAAGAAAAAAAAAUAUGAAAACCCCUCCCUCACUCACUCACUCCUCAGAGCUUUUUCAACACCUGGACCUCCUCCUCUUCCACCACCUCAUUUUUUCUACCAUUUCCAUUCGUCACUUGUUUCUCUCUUUUCUACUAUCUAUCUAUCUAUAUGUUUAUUUUUCUUACCUCCGUCGCUCCCUUCAAUGCAUGUUCCAUUCUUGUCUCUAUAUCUAUGUAUCUAUACAUCACACUCACUCACCAUUUUAAUUUCUUUCUCUUAUACUAACUUAACUCUGGUUAAUCUUCUUUCUCUCUCUCUUUUUUCUUUUCUUUUUUCACUUUCUCACUCCCACAACGUUUUUAGGGCAUAAAAACAAAAGAUUGAACCACCACCAUGAAUCACCAUUGCACAAAUGUCAUCUCUGAUCACUCCAUUCUUGCUAAAUUUAGAACAAUUAUCUCACUAACCCAUUACUACCCAUCACUCCUUCUCAUUAUAAGAACCCCCCACUCUCUCCCACUUACCCACACUAUCUCUCUCUCUCUCUCUCUUUCUCUUCCACCACCUCCCCCUCCUCCCUUACUUUUUUUUGUUCUGCUACCUAACUUAAAAAUGGACUACAGUUACGGAAAUGGAAACGGAAAAGUCUUAAUGGGGGGCGGCAGCAGCAGCAGCAGCAGCGGCGGCACUGCAAGUGCAGCGGUGAGAGGAGACAGCAGGAGGAGGAGCAGCAGCAGCAGCCGCCAAAGAAACCAGCAGCGCCACUCCUCCAGCCGGGCUGACCUUUUCUCGGGCCCCGGCUUCAAUGUCCAGAGAGGUCCCAGAAUGCGCAGGUCCAGGCGAGCUAGCCUUGACUCCCUCGCUUUUCCCGGCUUGCACGUGCCUCCUCUUCCUGCCCCACGUGAAAUUGAUCUUUCAAAACUUUCUUAUCUUUUCAAGAAGCAGCUCAAGAACAGUGACGUAAGUGCCCUUAGAAGAAUGGUCCUUCCAAAGAGAGAUGCGGAGAUUCAUCUCCCUGUCCUCGAGGCAAAGGAAGGGAUUUCUAUCAGCAUGCUUGACAUGGAUGGCAUUCAUGAGUGGUGGUUCAAGUUCAGAUACUGGCCAAAUAAUAGCAGCAGGAUGUACGUGCUGGAGUCCACUGGAGAUUUUGUGUACACUCAUGGCUUGGUCCCCAACGAUUACAUUCUUGUGUACCAGAAUGUUGAAGAUGGAAGAUAUGUGAUCGAAGCAAGGAAGAAGGAAGAUUAUGACGCACCAAGGAUUCUGGAUAAUCUUGUAAUAAAUGAAACGACAACAGAAGAGCUAACGCUCCCUGAACCCCCAGCUCUGGAUGGCACGGAAAUGCUGUAUGAAUACGACGCUAACUUCAUGGACGAUUCGCCCCUAGAUUAUCUAGGAGAAUCCAUCAACUUACCAAGUCUAGGAUCGAGCACGUCUUUUGAACCCAUCGACGACUACAAUGCAGAAGAUUUUGAAUGAGCAGGUGGGUUGGAAGGCAAGUUUUUUGGAUAUGUAAAUAUAUAGCUGAAUAAAGGGCAGCAACAACAUAUAUGAGUUGGGCAUACAUAAUAUUGGCGUCCGUCCAUGUCCAGGCUCUAUGUGCUGUGUGUAAGGCCCUUAGGCUCAGGCCGAAAAGAAAGGUCUGUUCCUUUUGUCACAUGUCCCAACUUGUUAACAUGUUAAUAUGUAUGAUUUUGGUAUGUAAUGAAGCUACUCAUUAAUUUCCUCA